UGUGUCCCAAGGUGAUUCUUGACCUGGCUUUCCUCAUCGAUGGAUCUGGAAGUGUUGGUCGUACAGAUUUUGGGAAGAUGAAGGAUUUUGUCAAGGCUAUGAUGACUAAGUUUGCAAGCAAGGACACUCAGAUCGCUGUCGUACAAUUCAGCGAUACAGUCCGGACGGAGUUUGAUUUUCGCAUGUAUAAUUCUGCUCCGUCCAAAACUGGGCUUGUGGAUGCUAUUCGUCAAAAGUAUAGUGGAACGAACACUCCAAACGGGAUGGAAUAUGUGGCUAACCGCAUCUUCAAUCGUGCGUCGGGCGCAAGGGACAACGCCAAGCGAAUCCUCAUCACCAUCACUGACGGAGAAUCCCAGAACCACAAUUUCCAGCCUGCCAUUGACGCUGCCAAACGUAAACGCAUCACACGCUACGCCAUUGGGGUGGGCUCGGCCUUCAGCGACACGAAUGCCAAGGCGCAGCUACAGACCAUUGCAUCCGAGAGUGGGAACGUGUUCCAGGUGGGAAACUUCCAGGCCCUGGACCAGAUCCAGAACCAGCUGCAGGAGAAGAUCUUCGCCAUCGAAGGGACUGAAAACAAAGGAGAGAGUUCCUUCCAAUUGGAGAUGGCACAAGAGGGGAUCAGUUCACUGGUGACUGAGGACUCCAUAGUGUAUGGGGCAGUGGGAGCCUACGAUUGGUCAGGAGGCCUCUACCAAUUGAGAUCAGGCAUCCAGACCUUCAUCAACGCUACAUUUGAUCGGGAUAGUAUGAAGAACGCAUACCUCGGGUACAGCGUGGAGGAGGCUCGGGGCAGCAGUGGGAGAUAUUACGUUGCUGGGGCACCGAGGUACAGACACCGUGGCCUGGUGCUGGUUUAUAACCAGCAUAAUCCCUCUCACCACACAAAGAAAAUAGAAAGCACUCAGAUGGGCUCGUAUUUCGGAUCGGUGCUGUGUGCUGUGGAUUUGAACAAUGAUGGGGUGACUGAUUUGAUUCUCGUGGGAGCUCCGCAUCACUCGGGGCCGGCCACGGGGGGCAUGGUCUUCGUCUACAAAUUCCAAGAGGGCGACCUCUCUCCCCGGACCCCCCUAAUUGGGGAGGGAGAACAGCCUCUGGCCCGGUUUGGGGCCUCCAUCGCCCGCCUGGGGGAUCUGAAUGGGGACAGUGUGGCAGACGUGGCGGUGGGAGCGCCACUGGAGGACGGGGGGAGCGGCUCCGUCUACAUCUUCCUCGGCUCGGCCGAUGGGCUGAAGGGCCCCGCGGCACAGCAUAUCCGAUCGGUGGACAUGAAGCCCAGCCUACGGUUUUUCGGCCGCGCCAUCCACGGAGCGAUGGACGUCAGCCAUGAUGGUCUGUCCGAUUUUGCCGUGGGAGCCCUGGGAAAAGUCGUUGUCUUCCGUUCCCAGCCUGUUGUCGAUGUCCAAGUUCGCACCACAUUCGACCCACCGAAAAUCAAACUGAAAGAUGUCGACUGUCCCAAAAAUUCACAGACGAAGCCUGAAGUGUUGGUGAAGAUGUGCUUUACCCUUCACGAGCUCACCAAGAAGUUACCAGAGUCACCUAAAUUUAACAUGUUCACGAAAAUGGUCCUCGACCCUGGGCGGAAGGUUCAGAGGGCAGAGGUCACUAAAGCCCCUCCUGUGAACUUUACACUGCAAACCAACCAAUGCCUGAAGUUCAAGAUCCAUCUUGAGAACUGUAUCCAGGACACGUACAACAACAUCCAGUUGGACAUGACCUACGUAGCCAAGGGCCAGAGAUCGGGCAUGUACCCGGCUCCCAUCCUCAAACAGGGCAGCACAGGAAUCUGGAGCAGCGGGCUGCCCUUCGAGCAGGAGUGUGGCUCAGACAACAUCUGUACCGACCGUCUGAAGGUGUCAUUCUCCAUGAGCGGCACCCAAUUCUUGGUCGUGGGGAGCCACACUACCCUUGGUCUGGACGUCUCCUUGGAGAAUUGUGGAGAGAAUUCCUACUUCACCGUGGUCACAUUCCUCAUCCCGAGGGGUCUUUCCCUCCGUAAGACCACCAUUGUUCAGUCGAGUCGCCGCGGCAAAAUUGAAUGCAACGAUGGAACGGAGCCGGCUGCAUUGGGGCUGCGAUCCGUGCGUUGUCUCAUCAGUCACCCCAUCUUCAGAACCAACAGCACGAUGAAGUUCCACACGAUCUUCGAUGUGGACCCGCAGGCGGACUGGAAGGACACGGUGGAAAUCAGCGUCAACGCCAGCAGUAACAAUGAAGCCCAUGACACACGAGGCAGCUUCCAAUUAAAGAGCAUCAUAGUUAAAUACGAGGUUAACGUCAUCAUCAAAGGUAUCGACUCUACACAAUACAUUAACUUCACGACGAGCAAGGCUGAAACAAAGACCAUCUCUCACGCCUACAAGGUGGAAAACUUGGAACAGCGGAGUCUUGCUGUGAGCAUCACCUUCCUCGUCCAUGUGAAGAUCUGGCCGGGCCUGACCUGGGAUGACCUGCAAGUGUCCAGCCCCUGGCAUAGGGUCAAGUCCUGUCAGAAGAAGUUGGACUUGCCUCAGAUUGAGGAGAUGGACCCCUCAAAGAAGUGUAACAAGACCUCCUGCGCUCUGUUUGUCUGUGACAUCCAAUCCUUGAGAUACAGAGACCAUCCGGUCUUCAACAUCGCUGGAAACAUCAGCUGGUCCAAUCCUGCACUGCUGAAAGCUGAGGAAUUGAAGCUGAGUAGCUUCGCGAGGGUGCGGUACGAUGAGAACAAAUACAUCCACAUCUCUCAGGCAACAACCAAGUUCAAGGAGGCAACGGUGACCACACGGGUGGAGGUGGUGAAGGAGCAGAAUAUGCUGCCAGUGAUCGUGGGCAGCACAGUGGGAGGCCUGGUCCUGCUGCUCAUUGUGGCCGCCGUCCUCUACAAGGUCGGAUUCUUCAAACGGGGCUUCAAGGAGAAGUUGGAAGAGGCGACGGAUGAGACUGGAGAUGCGGGGGAAACGGUGGACCAGCCCAGUGUGCCCCAGGCCUGAGGCCACUUUGCUGUCCAGGGCAGGCUGGCCCACCACCCAUCCCAAACAGCCACCAGACCCACCCCAUGAAGCUUCUCGACCCCUCCAUCAUGGUCCACUCCCCUCCAUUCCCCUUUAUGAUGGUCUCCUACCCUCCAAACCCAACCAUGCCAUUCUCUAUAUCUCCAAAAAAGAGUUUUGGCCCGAAACGUUGCUUAUUUCCUUCACUCCACAGAUGGUGCUGCACCCGCUAAGUUUCUCCAGCACUUUUGUCUACCUUCUAUAUCUCCAAAUCCCUCUACUCCGGUCCCACUACUCAAAAUCCCUCCACCGGACCUCCCCCCCCCCCCCUCCAAACCCUUCCACGCCGGUCCAUACACCAAACCCCUCCACCCUAGUCCGCUCCCCUCCCUCUAAACCCUUCCGUCGGGGUUCCAACCCCUCUACGAGGCUCCGAUUUCCCUGCAAACCCCUCCCUACCUGUGUGUUAUUGUCACAUCUCCACCAAUGGUGUUCCUGAGGGUUCCAGGCCUCUUCCCAAACCCCUCCCCCCUCCUUGUUUUUCACCACCUUCCCCAUCUCCCUCUCUCUCCCCUCUUGCACCACAGCUUUGUCCCUAUCUAUUUCUCCCGCAAACACUCCCCCCUUCACUGGGUUACCUCCUGAACCCACUUCCCCUCCCCCUUCCUAUCUCUCAUCUCCAUCUUACUCCCUCAUGCUCUAUCCCCCUCCCUACAUCCUUCCACCACUCUCUAAAAACGACCUCUUUACCCCCCCCCACCGCCUUUAAUGCACAACCCACUGAAACUGGUCUCUCAUCCCUCGAAUCGUCGAGAGAUCUGAUCCCCAAAACUCCCUCUGAUAUACGGUACAUCCUGCAUGAAAACCGCACCCUCCCUCUUCCUCCACCACCUUUAUCCACCCUCCUCCUAUCACCCCCUCCUUCUCCCUUGCCUGUCCUUUCUCCCUCUCCCUUGGCGUGGGAGGCCAUUCGCAUCCUUUGUUAGCCGUCGUUAUGCCAACCCGCACUGUGCAAUCCAGGAGUAAUCCCUCAAAGAAGGGGGAGGCUUCUCAAUAACCUCCACUGCCUCCGAACACUCACUCCCUUCUCGACAUCUCUCCCCCGCAAAGCCCUCAACCCUAUUUGAGUUUUUCAAUGUCAACAGUCAGGCUGCCCGUUUCGGCCUCCACCAUUGUGUGGCACUGCGGGAGGAGAUCAAGGUCCCCUAUCCCCUCCACCUCGGGUGCGUGGGAGGGGGCGGGCAGGGGGAAUAGAUGUAAUGGAGGGGGAAA